ACUUCCUUUCUUAGCUCGGCCUCACUCCAUAACCCGCACAACGAAGACUGCGAAGACUUCCCCAGGAAAAAAAGAAGAAGACGAAUUUCUUUCACAUUUAUCGAAAUGGCCAGAAUUCUAGCUAGAUUUCUGGUUCUGUUGCUUGUUGUAUCGAUCUGCGAAGCGGCUCCGCUUUUUCAACCAAUCUCCGAUUCUCAUCGAUCUGCCGCUCUUGAGCUCUUCACUCUCGACCAUGGAUCAUUCAAAAGCUUGGAAGAAACAUACGAGGCACUAAGAACAUUUCAGAUUCUUGGGAUUGAAAAGAAGCCUGAUGUAACCGCUGCAGCUUGCCAUUCAAUUUCUGAAACUGUUGGGUCACUAUCAUCAACCCCGAAGGAUCUUUUCUAUGCUUUAAAAGCAAAUAGCAUAGCAGAAUGCAAGAUACAUGCGAAAGCUUCUAAGGGCAUUAUUUCAAGCCUUAAUUCUGCUGUCAGUGGUUCAAGUUCAUUGCUCGACUUUUACUAUUCAGUAGGAGGUUUGGUACUUAUCAAGGAUCAGAGUUCCAAAGAUGAUCUUCAACUUGCUGAUGCUGAAGGAGUGUUCCGCUCAGUCAAGGCUUUCAGCCAGAGUGAUGGCAGGUGGCGUUAUAGUUCAAAUAAUCUUGAGUCUAGUGCUUUUGCUGCUGGAAUAGCACUUGAAACUCUAGCUGGAAUUGUUUCUUUAGCAUCUUCAGAACUUGACCAAUCUUUGAUUAGUACUCUAAAAAAUGAUAUAAGCAAGCUUUUUGACAGCAUUGAGAAAUAUGGUGAUGGGACCCUUUACUUUGAUGAUAAACUUGUUGAUGGUUAUGAAUAUAAAGGUCCUUUAUCAGCCACAUCUUCGGUUCUUAGAGGGCUAACAGCAUUUGCUGCAGUGACUACCGGAAAUAUCGAUCUUCCACGGGACAAAAUGCUCGGAUUAGCUAAAUUCUUCCUUGGUAUUGGAGUUCCUGGUGAUGCUAAAGAUUUCUUCUACCAAAUAGAUGCCUGUGCUUGUUUGGAUAGCAACAGGGUUUCUAUCCCAUUGAUCUUAUCACUUCCAGCAGCUGUGCUUUCAUUGACUAAAAAAGACUCACUCAAGGUUAGAGUUGCUACAGUGCUUGGUUCAAAUGCACCACCUCUAACUGUGAAGCUUGUGGGUGUUUUUAGUUCUGUUUCAAAGGAUGCAUCUCUAGUUGAAAGCCAGGAACUUAAGUUUGACCAAGGAUCUGGGCUACACAUCUUGAACGACUUGCUAGAGAUUAUUGAUGUUGGAAGUUACACAUUUGUUUUUGAGGUUGUGCUUCAAGAACCUGACGAUGAAAAGGUUUAUGUUACGGGAAGCCAAACAAAAGUACCAAUAUUUGUCACAGGACUUGUCAGAAUUGAAAAUUCUGAAAUUGUGGUUCUUGACAGUGAUCUUGGGAGUGUAGAAUCACAGAGCAAGCUAGACUUAACUGCUAAAAAUGCUGUAUCAUUAUCAGCAAACCACCUCCAGAAGAUGCGUCUAUCCUUUCGGUUAACCACUCCUCGUGGACUUGCUUUUAAGCCACAUCAGGCAUUUCUCAAGUUGAGACAUGAGAGCAAGGUUGAGCACAUUUUUGUGGUCGGAAACUCUGGAAAACAUUUUGAGAUAGUUCUAAAUUUUCUUGGGCUGGUUGAGAAGUUCUUCUAUCUCUCAGGUAAAUAUGACAUGGAAUUCACUGUUGGUGAUUCUGCUAUGGAGAACUCUUUUUUAGUAGCUAUUGGAUACAUUGAGUUAGAUCUACCUCAAGCACCUGAGAAGGCAACCCGCCCUCCUCUGCAGGCUAUAGAUCCUUACACAAGAUAUGGACCCAAAGCAGAGAUAACACACAUCUUCAGAGCUCCUGAAAAGCGUCCACCUCAAGAGCUUUCCCUUGCUUUCCUGGGUCUUACCAUAUUGCCAUUGCUUGGAUUUUUUAUUGGGUUAUUACGACUAGGGGUGAACAUGAAGAACUUUCCCUCCAAACCCGUACCUGCCGCAUUUGCCUUUCUCUUCCACGUUGGCAUUGGAGCAGUUCUAUUGCUCUACGUGUUUUUCUGGUUAAAGUUGGAUCUAUUCCAAACACUGAAAGUAUUGGGUUUCUUGGUAGUUUUCCUUGUGUUUAUUGGACAUAGAAUCCUUUCACAUCUUGCCGCCGCAUCAGCCAAGUUGAAAUCCGCCUGAGCCUGGGAAUGGAGAGAGAAUAAAUUAGGUUUUUGAACAAUUUUUAACUCAGAUUUUGUAGGCCCAUUUUGACAGCAUUUAAUAUUACGAAUUCUAGUCCUAGUUAUGUUGAAAGACAGCAA